UUGAUAAUUGUUCUUCUAAAAUCAAUUCUUUAAUUCCAUAUAAAUAACUUGCCAUCCCCAUUAAUUAAAUGCUAAAUGCCAAAGGAACAAGUUUUUUGCUAAGCAGUUUGUAUGUAUGUGUGUUGUUGCAAUCGUUUCUCUCACCUCGAAAUAUAUAACUGCCUACUUGGCACCUUUCAUUUUCGUAUCUUGAACCUUUGUAUUCAUAUCGUAUAGAUAGUAAAAGUGUUGGCGGUACAUCGUGUAUAGAUGUCUAUCAAUAGCAGAGUGCAGAAGUCCAGUCGAAACAACGAAGAACCAAAUAUGAUUCGCAGCAUUAAACUAUGUGGAUACCGGGGACUCUUCCUAGAGCCCUAUGCAAGCUCAUUACAAUUGAUCAGCAACUAUGCAUCAACUAAAGCAAAUCUAAAUGUUCAGAGCUUACCAAGACUGCCAGUUCCAAAACUUAAUGACACACUUAACAAGUACCUCAAAACUGUUAAACCAUUCCUCAGUGAUGAAGAAUUUGCUAAUACAGCUAAAUUGGUAAACGAAUUUGGGUCUCAAGGAGGAGUUGGCAUUAAGUUACAGAGUCUUCUUGAGAAGCGGGCAGAAAAACAUGUAAAUUGGCUUGAAGAAUGGUGGCUAAACACUGCUUAUUUAGAAUACAGAGACCCAGUUGUUGUGUAUUCAAGCCCGGGGUUAGUGUUUCCGUUUAGGAAAUUCAACAAUCAAGAUGAACAACUACACUAUGCAGCAAAAACAUUGUUAGCUUCAUUGGAGUAUAAAGCAUUGAUAGACGGAGACAAAAUCCCAGUAGAAAUGAUGGGAAAAAGUCCACUUGAUAUGUCCCAAUACAAGAAAAUCUUUGGAACAUGCAGGAUCCCGUGUGAAAAGAGGGAUAAAUUAUCUUUUAAUGAUACCAAAUAUUUUACAGUUAUCCAUAACAAUCAUAUUUUCCAUGUUGACCUUUGGGGUAACGAUAAUAAAAGACUAAGCGAAGAUCAAAUCGUGCAUGCAUUAAAGAAAGUUAUAGAACUUUCUAAGAGUCCGGCUACUGAAGCUAUCGGCGUCCUCACCUCGGACAAUCGUGAUAACUGGGCUAAAGCGUAUCAGGCCCUGAGCAAAGACAAGGUGAACAGAGAGUCGCUGGGCGACGUGGAGCGCAGCUUGGCGGUGCUGUGCCUGGACGCGGCGUGCGGGCUAUGGCGCGCUGCGGACAAGGGCGCGCGCCAGACGUUGGCCGCCGCGCAGACCAUACACGGUGGAGGCAGCGCAGCCAACGCCGCCAACCGCUGGUUCGACAAGACUGUACAGUUCAUAGUAGGCGCGGACGGAGUUACAGGCUUGACGUACGAGCACUCUCCGGCCGAAGGACAACCCAUAGCUGUUCUCACAGACUUUAUUAUUAACUAUAUAGAUAAGGGUAAAUCAAGUACUGAAUCAUCAUCGAGCCCCAAGGACCCUGUCAAACUGAACUUUAACGUAAGCUCGGAUGUCGUCGACAUGAUCAGCACUGCUAAAACUAACGUAGACAAACUUGUAGCUGACCUUGAAUUAAAUUGCUUCACAUUCGAUAAAUACGGAAAGAACUUUAUCAAGUCACAAAAACUUAGCCCCGACAGCUAUCUACAAAUGGCUAUGCAAUAUGCGUUUUACAGACUGCACGCGACGCCCGGUGCGCACUACGAGUCAGCGGCGACGCGCAUGUACACGGGCGGGCGCACUGAGACCAUCCGCUCCUGCUCGCCGGAGUCGGUGGAGUUCGCGCGCGCCAUGCUGGACGCCGGCCGCGCGCCGCACCUCAAGCUGCACGCCAUGCGCCAGGCCAUCGACGCUCAUAAGAACUACACUGUGCAGGCUCUGCAAGGAUUUGGUGUUGACAGGCAUCUCCUUGGACUGAAAUUGAUAGCUCUUGAAAAUGGUAUCGAGAUCCCGAAGCUGUACUCGGACGAAGGUUAUCGCCGUAGCGCUCACAUGAGGAUAUCGACUAGCCAGGUGGCGUGCAAGUGCGACGGAUUCAUGUGCUACGGGCCGCUGGUGGUGGACGGGUACGCGACCUGCUACAACCCGCGCGACGACGACGUCAACUUCGGCACGUCCGCCUUCCGCCGCCACCCCGACACCGGCUGCGGCCCUUACCGCGCCGCGCUCGAGCGCUCGCUGCACGACAUGCAUGACCUACUGCUGCUAGCUGCCAAGUCCAAAUUGUAACCGCGCCCUUCAAUAUCUAACCAUCCUUCAGUUUUGAAACAUUGCUGAAUAAACUUGGGGUAUGUUAACCGACUUUACUUAUUGAUCGUCAGCCAGAUAUUCUAUACAUGGUAGAUCAUCAAAGCUCAUGCAUAUUGUCCAAAAGGUUAUAUGUAAAUGUAACAAACGUACGUUUUGAAAUUUCCGACUUUCCUAUUGCCACUAUUGCCUAUUUAGCGAAGAUUUCGUCAUUUGCAGACCUAGAGGUCCAAAGCAUGAUUUUGACCAUCAUUGCGCAGUUCUGAGAUAUUAAUAAAAACAUACCACAAUAUAAAAUAUAAAUUGUUAAACAGCUGUAAGGUAGUUUUCUGAUGAAUAACAUUUUCCUGACUAUAACUUACAAUAUUGGUAAAAUGUGAUAAUUGUUUUGACCAUGAGAACGGUAGCAUUGACGGAACUCUACUUAUUUAUGAUUAAAUUGUAAAUAAAUAUGAUUUUUUUUUGUAACAUUCUUAAUGUGAUAUGGAUAUUUCAGGGUAUUUUUUAAAUCAAUGUGUUAUAUGUAUGUCUCGUUCGACUUCGCACUACAAAUUUUAAUGUCAAGUCGUGAUGAAAAGGACACUUAAUAUCGCCAGGAAUUGAAUUCAAGAAUUUCAAUAAUGGAAUUUUAUGGUCAGAUACUUUUAAUUUCGUUUAUUGACUACGAAAUAGGAAGUCGGUACUUGUUAUUGUAUAUAUAGUGUAUAUAUACAAUUUUUUAUUGCAAUAUAUUCAUAAUUUAUGUAAGAAAUAAUAAAUCGAAUUUAUAAAUAUCCAUUGUUUAUACUGGUCAGCUGAACACAAUUAUUGAUAUUUUAUGCGACUAAAAAAGAUUGUUGAUUGGUAAUUAUAUUUUUAUGAUUUAAA